AUACCACAGAUGUGCCAGAACAAGCCGGUACAACAAGGAUCGCAAAUGGGGGAAUUGUCGUAUGGGAGUCCGAAGAACUUCUCUCAUCUUCAAGUGUGAUUUGCAGGUUUAUAUUGAUGCUUUGCUUGUUUCCAGGCAUCUUGUCUGUGAUUGGCUUAUGUGAUGGUGACUCGAGUGAGAAUUUUUUUCUGUUGAGUUUUUCCAACUCGCCAUCAUCGUCCUAUCUGUCAACGAUGUCGCGCUUUGGUUCUCCAACCACUCCAGAGAUUUCACAAUGGACAUUCGAAUGGGGCACUUCCUUUGAAAGAAGGGAGGGUCAGGAUCACUCUGCUGGCAUGCAAAUACAAACCCCAUUGGGCGACCGAGAACCUCGCUUAUCAAUGAGAGGGCCUUUCCAAGAUGGAAGCCCUUUUCUGUCACCAGUGGAUUACAUGCCUGCACGCAUUUCUCGCUCACCUGCACCAUACACUGCCCAUAUGCACCACCAAAUUGAGCACCUCAAACAGACCGUGGCCCAACUCACAGAUGAGAAUCAGUCACUUUGUGAUGAAAAUGAACGUGCACGCAUUGAGCUCAAUGCAGUACGCGAGAACUACAGCACGUUGGCGCAUGCAGUCACCUUACGACGUGAUGCCCCUGCAUCAGUCAAAACUGAGCUUUCAACCAUGAUGGGCAUUGCGGAGACUACAGAGCUUCCUGGACUGGCUAACGAGUUGGAGAUACCAGAGCUGAAUGAAGCACAUCAUCCCACUAUAACCUACUGGUCUGUCGGUGAGUGGAACCAAGCUGAGAAGGCUCGCAAAAGCCUUGGUAUGACAGAUUCUGGAGAUAAUAAAGGCAAGCGAGGGGGUUCACGUGCUGCUGAAGGUGAGAACGUCAUGAUGCCAUUCAUGCAAGCAAAGGAUGGGCGUGUGUUGGAUGGAUACGAAAUUGCUGCCAUGCGUAGCUUCGCUCGGGGACAGUGGGAGAUGUGGGUCCAUGAAGGUAAGGCACCUGCACAGUGGAAGCAUGCACCCGGAAAUCUUCAAGAGGAUUUUUAUCGUGUUAUGUGCGAGAAGUUUCCCGCAUUCAAGUACUGCCAAGAUGACUGGAAGUGUAAGAAGCUGGUAACUUACUACUACCCUGACUGGAUAUCUCACAAUGGUAACCAUGUCAACAAUGCCCCCUCUCCUGCUGCAACUUCUGCUACAACUCCUGCAAGCACUCCCAAUGAGGAUUCAUUAUCGCUCAGAAAGCGUCCAUCUGACUCACUAGUAUUGGCCACUACAACAGAGAACAAGAAAGCGAAAAACGGAUUGAAGACCUCUGGAGAAUCGAAGGCGGCCAUCGUAGAUCCCUUGUUGGACCUGUUUGUUGGAGGUGGAGAUGGUGACGGCGACAAGAGUGUCAAUGGUGAUGACUCCGUCCCACCUCCUCUCAUCAGUGAUGAGGAAAUGCGGGGUAUAUCUGAGCCUACAGCUGUCAGGAGCUCCGUUACAUCACAAGAGAGUCGCGGACAAUCUCCACUGACUCAAGCUACUUGUGCAGCAUUGUCUUCAAGCAUUUCAAACGGCGAUGCAAACACCUCUACCGUAGAAGCCAUUUCCACGGAUCCUGCACAUGCCCUUACUAUGGCUCCCAACAAUUUUGUUUUGAAUGCAACAGAUGUUGGCAUGCGGCUCGAAAUCAAAGGAGGACCUACUCCAAUGAACCUUUGCAAGGCCCAAUGGGGAGAAGAACACCCCAAUGGCACGAAAGAGGAGUUCCAGGUGUAUUGGAAGCAGCUAGGACCUGCUCAGAAGAAGGAGUUGACCAAGCUGUCUGCUAAGAAGCGUGAGCUGCAAAAAGUGAACUAGCUAAUAAUGGCUAUUUCAAUGUUCUCAUAGACUCUAUAGGUAUACAGAAAUGCAGUAGUAUAUAUAUUAUUAGAGCGUAGCUAAAAAGCCAAUUCAAAACGAGGCGCAUCGAAUCAAUAUUUCUUCACUCAUUUUCACUCAAUCCGG